AUGCAAUAUUUUCGUCGAUUAUCAUUAAUUCGAUCAUCAUUUCGUUUACUAUCAUCAUCAAUUGUUGAUGUAACUCCAUCAACAAUUGAAAAAGAAUUAUAUGAAAUAAAUAAAUUAAUGAAAACUUAUAAUAAUACACAUGUACCUAUACGUACAAUAGCUUUAUUUGAAUGGAUGUUAAAUAUAAUAAAUAUAAAACCAGAUUUUAAUUGUUAUUUAAAUAUAAUUCGUGCAUGUGGUGAAUUAAAUAAUUUAAAUAUAUGUCAAAAUAUUCAUAAAUAUAUUCAAAAUGAUCAAACAUUAAAAAUUCAAGAAUAUCAUCAACUUCAAAUAAAACUUAUUUAUAUGUAUUCAAAAAUAAAAAAUAUUCAAUCAGCUGAACAAAUAUUUCAACAAGUUAAAACAAUAAAAAAUUUACCAAUUGAUAUUAGUCUUUUUGGUACCAUGUUCAAAGGUUACAAUAUGAAUGGACAACCAAAUAAAACGAUUGAAUUAUAUGAAAAUGAAAUAUUAAAUAACAAAAUAAUUGAACUUGAUGCUAUAUCAGCAACAUGUCUACUUAGUGCAUGUACUGAUUGUCAUCGAUUAGAUAUUGGAGAAUAUGUACAUGAUGAAAUUCUAAGACUUGGACUUCUUGAUCCACCAAAUAUUCGAUUAGCAACAGCGAUUAUGAAUAUGUAUUGUAAUUGUGGUUCAAUUGAUCGUGCUCGAGAAUUAUUUAAUCAAUUACUUCCAAUAGUUGAUAAUGUUGCUUAUUCAACAUUAAUGAAAACCUAUUUAUCAAUAAAUCAACCUGUAGAAGUUCUUAAUUUAUUCAAACAACUUCAAUCAUCAUCUAUUUUACCUGAUUCAUUUAUUUAUUUAAAUAUAAUUAAUGCAUGUAAUCAAUUAGGACUUAUGCAUCAAGCAGAAAAUAUUCAUCGAAUAAUUCCAUCAUAUAUUAUAGAACGAAAUCUUUCAUUACAUAGUGGUUUAAUUGAUAUGCAUGCACAUUGUUUACAUUUAAAUGAAGCUUAUCGAUUAUUUAAUUUACUUAAACAAAAAACUAAUAUUUCAUUAGCAAAUUUAUUACAUGGUUAUGCAAUUAAUGGACAAGGACAACAAGCAUUAAAAUUAUUUGAAAAAGUCAAAUCUGAAUUAAUAUUUAAUGAACAAGUUUAUAAAAUGAUUUUAUAUGCUUGUGCAUAUACUGGUGGUCUUGUUCAUGAAGCACAAGACAUAUAUAAAAUAAUACCAGAUAAAUAUAAAACGUCACAAGUUGCUGCUGCAAUGGUUUCAACACUUGCUCGUGCUUCACUUUUUGAUGAAGCCGAAUCAUUUAUUCAUCAAUAUAAACCAAAAUCACAAAAUAUUUCUCUUCUUUGGUCUACUUUUUUUAUGGUAUGUUAUCAUUCAAAAAAUCUUCAAUAUGCAAAAUUAAUCUAUGAUCAUAUUACUGAUGAUCCUUUAUUAUUAUUACUUUUUUCUGAUAUGACAAAUUCAUUACCAUCAAAUGAAAUUAUUAAUUAUUUUCAACAACAAACAUCAGGAAUAUGUUGGACAGAAAUUGAAAAUAAUGAUAAAACUAAUUAUAUUAUAUAUAAAUUUGAUGAUAAUAAUCUUUCAAAAUUUUCUUCAUUAUAUUCUGAAUUAAAUAUUGUAAUUAAUGAUUUAAAAUCAAUUGGUAUUAAUUGGAAAAUAUAUGAAAAUGAUCUUAAAAAAUUAUUUUGUGGACAUACAGCUAUUCGUUUAGCUAUAGUAACACAUUUAAUAUUAACUUUACCAACAACAAGUAUUCAAUUAACAACAACAAAAUCAAUAUGUCAUGUGUGUCAUGAAGGAAUAAAACAAUUGAGUUUAUUAAAACAACGUGAUAUUAUUUUAAGAGAUAAUAUACGUGUACAUCAUUUUCAUCAUGGACAAUGUUCAUGUCAUGAUCAAUUUUAG